GUUCUACCUGCAAGAAAUGAGCACACACUUGGACUACAAAGGAUACAAGGCCAGGGACCAUGACUUACCCGAUCAAGACGACCACGUUCUGAACCUCCAGUUCAGCUGGCACGGUCUGGUGAAGCCCGUGGGCAGCGCCUUCAUCGGGACCAGCCCUGAGUUUGAGAUGGCGCUCUUCACCAUCGUCUUCCUCAUGAACACAGAGAGGAGCACCGUGGUGCUGGUCAACAUUGACCGGUGUCAGGUGGAGCUGGUGGUCAUCAGACAUGGACGCUCCCUCGGGACGGCGUACCCCAAACUGCUCAGCAGCAACAACAGACAUCGCAGGCAGCACUUGCACUGAUGUGAAGGAUCCUCUGAUACAAAGUGAUACACACAUCCUUAUAUUAUUCAUGCCCAAGAACC